AAGGAAUAUUUUUCGUAAAAUUCAUAUACAACCAUUCCUUUGUAUUCAGUUAAGGAGCUAAUAGAAUGGAAAUCGCUCAGAUUUUUGUUGGAUUCUUGUGGUCUAAUCCAUAGUAGGUGCUUUAGGUAGUUUGCCUGGGUGAAGGCGAAGUCCUUUCCCCCGACAAGAAGUGUUAAAUUCUCUCUAUUAAAAAACUAAAGGAAGCCAAACAUGAACCAAGGAUACGCGCAGCCGACGUACUACGAUGAUGGGCAAGCUCAAGACACCGGGAUGCCUGUACCACGAGGGCAGGUGUCAAGGCCCUACGUGGACCCCAAUGCUACGGGAGAGGUGGACCCUAACCAGUACCCGGAACCAAAAGAAGCAACCCACAAGAUAAGAGGUCGCUCCGACUUCCUGGACAUGGUGUGCAAGGGCGCUAAUCACGAACUCAUCUUCGCGAAGUCUUUUUACUUCUUCUUUUUCUCGGCGUUCGGGUCUUUGUUCCCGCUGAUGGCUGUCUACUUCAAGCAGAUGGCCAUGAGCGGCGGCCAGACAGGCUUUCUCAUCGGCUGCCGUCCGUUCGUCGAGUUCUUGGCUUGUCCAUUUUGGGGCUCCUUGGCCGACAAGUUCCGGAAAGGCAAAAUAAUGCUGCUGGCAGCCGUGCUGUCGUGGAUCAUCUUCACCGUGUCCGUGGGGCUGGUCCAGCCGCCGGCCAUCGCUUGCGUGAAGGACAACGGCACCCACGAGAUCCUCUUCAGGGCCUUCUCUAACGAGUCUCACAAAGCGAGUCUUUACGGCUACAACGAUCUGGACGAGAAAGGCAAGGUGGGCCGCGUGCCGGCGAGCGAGGAGGAAGAGCAAGAGGAGGACACUUCGCUGCUCAACCGCAUGAGAAAACUCAACUUCUGGCCACCAAAUCACAUCGUCGGCAAGUCCCCGAUUGUCCUAAACCACGUGGCCAACUACGAAGAAUUUGGCAACGCGAAGGACUGGAUCUCUCCGCCAUUUUCUUCCAUUGUUUACCACCAACAAGAUGUCCAAAAAGUAUUCUUCCUGCUCCUACUUCUGGUGAUGCUUGGGGAGUUCUUCAGUUCUCCGGCCAUCACUCUAACUGACCACGCUGUGCUCUCGUACCUUGGGGAAGAAGCCGAACAAUAUGGGAAACAAAGAAUGUUUGGAUCCCUUGGUUGGGGAUUAGCCAUGUUUGUGGUAGGAAUAGCAUUAGAUCAAUCGGUUUCGUUUCCUGGACAUCCUUGUGCCCCGCAUCCACGUGAGAGGAACUACUACAUCUGCUUCACUAUCUUCAGCGUGCUCAUGUUCUGUGCUAUGCUCGUGGCAACGCAGUUCAAGUUCGACUACAGCAGCAUGGACGAUGAUGCGAUGAACAUGGAGGAAGUUAAGCCGAAGUCAGACGAGUAUGAAGGAGCUCCUCGACCCUGGAAUGAACCAAAAAUCCCAAUGCAGCAAACUAAAACCGGACGCGAGAAGCUAGAAGAAGUCGUCGGCACACUGAAAACGCGCGUGUUCGCGCAAACGGUGCGCGAGCGGCCGCAGUGGAUGCUGGUGCUGCGCGAGUUCAAAACUCUGCGCUGUAGCGCCUUCCUUUUCGUGGCCUGGUGGAUGGGUUGUGGUAUUGGGCUCAUCUUCGCCUUCCUCUUCUGGCAUCUACAGGACUACGGAGGAACACCCACUUUGUUCGGUAUCGCCAGCAUCCUGAACCACAUCUCCGAGAUCGGCGCUUACUUCUUGUCAUUCCGCCUGAUCGCAGAAGUCGGACAUGUUAAGGUCCUAUGCAUUGGAUUAGCUGCCAACGUGCUCCGCUUUCUGUACAUUUCCUACAUGGAAAACCCAUGGUGGGUGAUCCCCUUCGAGCUCAUCCAAGGUGUGACACACGCGACGGUGUGGGCUGCGUGCUGCUCGUACCUGUCACACAACACCCCGGCACAUCUACGUCACCACGCGCAGGGCGUUCUGCAGGGCAUCCAUCACGGCAUCGGCCGUGGCUGCGGGGCCAUCAUUGGAGGAUUGUUCGUUAAUGCUUACGGUACCACGAAAGUAUUCUUCGGCUAUGGCCUCUUGUCGCUCUUGGUGCUGGGAGUGUUCGUCUUCGUGAACUUCUACAGGAGGGAAGGUGGCUUCCAGCCUGACGUGCCCCCCGAGGAAGACCCUCGCCAGAUGGCUGACGAAGGAGCAGCCCUCGCCCCCCACGGUGUGCCCGCAAACCCCAUCCCAAGAGCCCACAGCACGCAGCACCUCGACAAGACCGAAGGCAACACCUAUGGCUCCUGCACUACUAAUGGCAUGCUUGAUGUGCAAGGCAACCAAGGCGGGAGCACCAAUCCAUUCGGACAAAGCGAAGGUUACGGCGGUGCGGGCGGUGGUGGAGGCUACAACUACAGCAUGCAGUCAGACGUCGCUCCUCAGGACGAGGCAGAACCAUCGAGCAUCACUGGCACAAACCCUUUCAAGAAAGCCGACAACGUGUCCACAAUAUCUCGUCUGUCUGAACCUGACGUUGGUGCUGUAACUGGAGAGCCGGAGUGGCCGUUCUGUCGGGAGGAGGGCCCGACAAUAAGCCCGACUUCCCCCAACUCGCCCACCGACAUCGCUCCUCACAACGCCAUCCGACAACAGUUCAAGGCUUAUGAUGAACUCGUUGCUUCAACUGUCAACGGCAAGCCGGGGAUGACAAAGCAUUUCAUGGAGAGUGAAGUUGAGGGUGUGAUAAAACCACAGUCUUUGAUUUACUGAAAAGUUAUUUUACUGGCGUGAUUUGAAGUAUAUGUAAUAUAUAAUUUGCUUUUUGUUCUAGAAUAGGAAGCUUGACUCGGCAGUACUCAUAGUCACUAGUAAAGGCCUCAGCAGGAUUCUAUCCACUGUCUUCAAGAAACAUUAACGCUCAGUGAUCAGAUUCUUGAUUAACAAAUGAGUUUUCAUCCUCCUCGGUUGAUUAGUCACGCGAAGAAUUUAGAAGCAUUGGAACCUGUUCUUUUCCGUGCAAUAUAUAAUAUCGAGAUGAUGCCCCUUCGUUUCACAGCGCUGUCAGUGAUGACAAGAAUCUUCGGAAAUUUUGACAUCAACUUGUUAUUGGGGUUGACAUUAACGCACUAUAUUUACAUGGCUUUCGAAGACUGCCGUAUCGUAAGUGUUCAAUAAAUUUAAUAAAUAGUAAUAAUAUAUGAAUCUGCGACCUCGUAUGGAAUUAUUAAUUAAUGUAAUUUAACUCAAUAGGAAUGAGUUAAGAGCAUAUUACGAAUUCACAACUUAUUAAGCGUUACUUACUACCUAAAAGGCUCAGUUAAUCUCAUCUCAAUGCGAGAAUAAUGGAAAUUUUUAAUUACAGUACUAUCUUUCUGGGCAAAAUGAGUACAACCGAAAACUGUACGAUGAUUAUGAAAUUUUCAUCUCUCAAAUAAUUGUUGGCUCCUUAAUUGUCUAAUUUUUUGUUGUCUAGAGUUGUCUUCUAUAAAAAAUGUUCUCAUUGUAAUAUAUUCACGUUUACUAACAUCCGUGAGAAAAACAUUCGAAACUGUGAAAAUCGUAACAAUUUUCAAUUUUUCAUGAAAUUUAUUAUACCUAAAGUGUAAUUAAUGUCAUCUUCCAAACAUUCAUCUGACCUGAGAACCAAAAUAAAUUCGCGUUUAAUUUUAAUCAAUUUGAUUUGAUUCUGUGAAAAAUAUUAUGUGAAAAUGAAUUAUAAACUGGUGAUGAUCCGUUGGCCGUUAAUUUUUGUGUCAAUAAACUCAUUAAGAUACAUUGAAUAUGUUUUAUGCAAUGCUACUCACGUACUGUUGAAAUAACGCAUUCUCAACCACAUAGCAUAACUUGGAUGUCAUAAUAAAUAACUAUGUUUGCCUUUAGUCUAUGUUAUGUAAGUGUGAGUGUGACUAUUGCAAAAAGAACUAGUAAGAUAUGUUGUUCCUGUUAUUAAAGAAUUUAGUUUAUUUAUCCGUAGUUUUAGCUAUCUAGUACGAAUGAGAUGCGGUGGUUAUUUUAAGACCAGCAGUUCUAGGCGACAUUAAAAUAUUAUGUGGCUGAUCAGUAUCCAGGUUGUGGUUAUCCAGCGACGCAAAAAUAUUGUUGGUUAAGUAUUAGGUGGAAAAAUCCUAGAAGGAAUGUAUUGUUUGUCUAAAUUCAAUUAUAUUUAAUAACAAUAUUGUUGCAACGUUGAAUUCUCGUUUGAACAACAAUGCGCACUGAUCCCAUUUUCCUUGAAAAUUUGACCAGUUUGAAAUGAUGCAUAUCACAAUAUAUCACAAUUUUUUACACUGCAUUCAAUAUUCUUCGAUUUGUCAGUUGCUGGCUAAUCAUUCUUAUAGAAACUAAUAAUGAGGAUAAACUCUCUUGCCUUAAAGCGGAGGUCUUUACCUCAUGUAUUAUAGUUAUUUUAAUCAUGAUAUCAAUGACUGCAGAUAUACCCUCUUCGGAGAUCAAACUAUCAAGACCUCUCGAGACUUAUGUCAUUUCUUAACUGCCAUAUUUAAAUGUUAAUUUACUAGUGUCUAAGAAAAUAUGAUGUGUAUCUGUGUACAAUUUGUUAAACUCUUCUAUGGAACAAUUGAGCAUUUGGAAACAAUGUAGGCUUGCAAAUAUAUUCGAACACAGUCUAUAAAUACUGUGCGUGCUCAUGAGUAGAAUGUCUAGAGUAAACAUUUAUUAAUCAGAAGCCACGCGCUAAUUUGACGAUCGCAUUUUCAAUCAACUCUGCACUAACAUCAUUAUUGGCUGAAUUGUUUUUGUGUUUAUCAAGGUGCAGUCAGCAGCGAUUUUCAAGUUACAAGUGCCUGUGUCACUUUGAAAUAUUUUAGAAAAAAGACAAAAACGGUCAAUUCAGCUAAUACAAUAAUACUAAACUUUCCUUCUAUUCAAAUGCUACCUACGUCAUAAUUUUAUUAUUCCUGCACACUUUCUUUCCAUGCAAGGUACGAUGUUAAACUCGUGAAUUUAUGAUGCAUGAAUAGAUUUAUAAACACUGACAUGAUUAAAACAUAUUCUUGAUUGCAAGUUGAGUGCGUGUAAUUAGAUGCUUAACAUAAAAUUUUAUUUUGUCAAGUUUUAUAACACGAUUUUACGUUAGCUUUACAUCAAUGAUAUUAUGUUGGGCCAUGUCGAACUGAAGAUCUUAAACGAAUGAUUACUCGAUGAAGCCACACAAUAUCUUUGUAUAACAAACUAUUACCGAGGUUUAAAAUUCAUGUAUACCGGAAAUAGGAAAUGCACGGCUGAAAAAUACAUUCAUGAAAAUCUGACUCGCUUAGCGUAUUUUCAUGUGGUUUAGUUUUAGUGGGUGCGACGUAGCGUCGAGUAUUGCACACUAGCAAUAUCCAUGCCGGUUAUGAGGCAGAUUAUAUUGAGUUAAGACCAUUUAAGAGUUUAGUGAGAAGAACAACGGUCUAGAUAUAUAGAUCCAAAAUUAAACUAUUAUAACUCAUCAGGAAAUGACUCAAGCUGCAUGGUUUAUAUAAACAAGGAUAAAUUAGCUCUAAGACUCAUAAACAUUGUGCGCGCUCUGUUUGUUAUGUGUAAUUAUAUAGGGCGCUUGAUAUCGUGAACUUCGUUUAGAUUAAGGGCACAUAAUGAUUGCUGUGUGAAAGUUUGAGUAGUACUAAGAAGUAAUUAAUGCUAGUUUAAUAAAAUUAAGCCUUAAUCCACGCGGGCUUAGUUUCUGUGAGUGUUCAUUGUUUUUAAAUAGAGUGAAAGGUUUAGUCGUCGGAGAUAAUUUUUUGCCUAAAUUUGCAAGAACCAAAAAUUACCUAGCAUGAACAACAUUACUACACCGAUAGAAUAAGUUCUUCGCAUUUAUAUAAAAUAACUUUUCUGCCAGAUAAUUACUGUAAUUAAUUGUGAUGACUCAUUUCUUCAUCUGAAAUUCGGCACGAAAUGUUCGAUUUAAAAAAUUUCCGUUUCGCUUAAUGAUUCUUCGUUAAUUUUCAUAUUAGGUUCUUUCUUGUAGCUAAAUUAUUUCAAAUAGUGAUACUGGUCAUGUCCAAUAACAGUGAAAAUUUAUAUCUUGAAGGAAGGUUAUGUCCUCUAUUAGCUUUCUAGAAGAAAUCUUGAGAGACUGAACGGGAAUUAACCACGUGUAUUGUAAAAACAAAACAUUUAUUAAUUGUAGCAAUUCUCAUAAGCAUAUUUAGUCGUUUCAAAAGCAGACAACAUUAUUAGUAAAUUAUAUUAAGUGGCAGCGUUAUCCCACCCUAAAAAGGAAGUAGAGCAGUUAUAUUCUUGUGUAUGUGAAAAGUUCGUGUAUAUCGUGAAGCACUUGUUGGUUCUACAGGGAACUGACUUGGUCAUCUUCAUCCUGCACCGUAUCUAGGACACUAGGAAGCUAUGAUAUAAAAAUUCUUCGUUA